AUGCUUUUCAACACAGCCAUGGCAGGAUCCCGGCAAAUUGUUCUGUGCUUUGAUGGCACUGGUAACUCAUUCACCACCGAUGGAACCGAAACAAAUAUCUUGAAGAUAUGUCGGAUGCUUGAACGAACUGAUGAGCAAUUAUGCUACUACCAACCUGGUAUUGGAACGGACAUCACACCCGGAUCUCUUACAAGCACAACACUUCAGAAGCGCAGCAAGCUCAGCAACAGCAAAGCUCUGAAUCUUGCUCUGGGAAAAUCAUUUGACCGCCAUGUUCUGGGCGGCUAUCGCUUCCUCAUGCGGCACUACCGCGAGGGUACUCGGAUUUAUAUCUUCGGAUUCUCCCGCGGCGCAUACACAGCCCGCUUCUUGAAUGAAAUGAUCGAUUUUGUCGGUCUCCUGGGUCCUGACAACGAAGAGGUUAUCCCAUUCAUCUGGGAUGCCUUUGCGUCGUGGAAGCUAGGACGCACAAACAACAAACAAGAAGCAAAGAGACGGGCAUACACCGUUCUGAAAUCUAGUCGCGAAGCACUGUCUCGCCCCAUCCCACGUGUGCACUUCUUGGGCAUGUUCGAUGCGGUCAACAGUGUCGCUGACUUUGAGGUGAACAUCGACGAAGCGCCUUCGGCAAAGACCAUCCGACAUGCCGUGAGCAUCGAUGAACGCCGAAUCAAAUUUAGACCCGUCCUUUUGGGAAUUCGAGAGGAGCAGCCUCCGCCGCCCCUAAAGGCGAAAAAGGAAACUCCUGAGCCUGACUCCCCAGACGACGAUGUCGAGACCGCUUCUGGGCCCCCCAUCCUGCCGGAGAUUCCUAAUGUGAGCAAUCACAACCAUAACCAAAAUAUCAAACUCGUCGAUGAAAACAUGCAAGAUAUUGAGGAGAUGUGGUUCCCCGGUGGGCACGCGGAUAUCGGUGGUGGUUGGAGGCUUGAAGAUGGGGAAGCAUGGCCACUCAGUCACGCACCACUUGUCUGGAUGAUUGGAGAAGCGCGCAAUGCAGGCCUUCGACUUGACCCAUGGAAGAUGAAGCAUCUCGAAUGCAUCCCAGAAUGUAGCGAGGAUGAAGUAUCUGUCGAUCAAAAUGAAAAGGGACACGAAAUGCCAAACGACAUGUCUGGCUUUCAGAAGGACUUUGUGAAUGCGAUCCAGAUUGGCGGCAUGAAGGGACGUAUUCAUGAUCUUCUUGAAUACGGAUGGGGACAUUCAAUAACCUCGGUCCUUUCCUGGCGGUUGAUGGAGUAUAUGCCGCUGCGGAGAAUGGAGGUGCAACCUGAUGGAAAGUGGAAGGCUGUGCGCUGGCCGCCGCCUCUUGGUCAAUCCCGUGACAUUCCCAACGACGCACGAAUUCAUGUCUCUGCCAUUCAGCGUAUGCGUUGUGAUGCCUCUUACCGGCCUUCCAACCUGACAUAUGGCUUAGCGGAGGGCGAUUCGGGCAUUGGAAAGUGGGCAGUUCAAUCGCAUGAGGGGGACCCAGUACGAGAGAGAUAUGUGAGGGUCGAUGGAUUGUGA